CUUCCCAAUUCAAAAUCGUCUUCUCUCUCUCUCUCCAAACAUUAAAUCUUUCUGUAUAUUGAUACAAAACACAAAACAAUAAAGAGAUGGAACAUACAAAUCUACCAGUAGCAGCCAGAAGGUUAUGGCACAUAGUACGUGUGUUGUACUUCAUGGUAAGGAAGGGCAUAUCAAAACGAAAAUUGAUGGUUGAUCUCAACAUGAUGAUGAAACGGGGCAAGAUUGCAGGGAAAGCCAUACACAACCUCAUGUUCCACCACAACCACCAUUCCUCCACCUUCAACCGCCAAUCACACGACCGACACCUGUCCUUCUCCGCCCCACACGAAUACGAGUUCAGCUGCAGCAACACAUGCACCGACGAUGACAUAAUGACCGUUGACGCAGUUAAAAAGGCGUUGGAGAUGAUGAACAGUGAGGCAGGCUCGUCGGUGUUGCCGGAUUUCUUGCAGAGUCCGAUGAUGGUGCCUGACAUGUUGUACAGUGAAUUGUCGUCACCGGCAUUGCCGGGGUUUGGACCGAGCCCAAUGGUGAGGCAGCUGAGGAUAACGGACUCACCGUUUCCGUUACGGGACGUUACACAGUGGCUCUACGUUGAAAACUUAACUCUUGCUUGUGUUCGUUACAUUAUAACGUCCUGA